UGAAAAUGCUGCUAUAAUGGAAAGUGAAAAUGCUGCUAUAAUGGAAAGUGAAAAUGCUGCUAUAAUGGAAAGUGAAAAUGCUGCUAUUACUGUUACUUCUGGAUCGUCCAUGAGUAUCAGUGUUAUCGCUGGUGUAGGUGAUAUGUCUGAAAACGCGAGCAAUAUAGAAAGAAGGAGAGCCCAAUUAAUUGAUCGAAUUAAAGCUUUGCCUGGUGAUGAAGUACUUGCAGCUUGUUAUCUUUUCGAAGCAAUGACAUAUACUAGUGGAAAGCGAAAAGGAAAGAUUCUUUCACCAUACUUAAUCAAUAAAGCAAAUGGUUUUCUUAUAUCAGGUCUGCACAAAAGAGACUCUUCCAGCCAAGCAAUACAGAAUAAGAUAAAAACAUUACAAAGAGAGAAUAGAAAGCUACAAAAGAAAGUUGUAAAAUCUCGUGUUCGAAAAAGUGCAAUGGAUUUUGUGGAUGAAACUAAAACAAUUCUUCGGAAAUAUCGGAAGACUGAGGUCUCAGCGUUGGUCUCUGGAAGAAUAGUGGCAAUAUUAUUGGGGAUUCUAGCGUGUCUAGGCUACUUUGCUAUAUUAAUAGUCUUUCUCGCAACUACAGACCCCAUUGAAAUUACAAACGUAGUCUCGACGCCAAUAAUACCAGUGCCAGAUUUGACGAUAUCAUUUAAUUAUAAAUUUAAUGUAUCAUGUCAGUUUCGAUAUACCGACAACACCAACUCAAGCGAGGAAUUAUGCGCAGAGUACCUCACUCAACCAUGCAACAA